ACACACAGUAAUGUGUGUGAGGCUCCAGCCUGACACACUCCCUCUCGUUUACAGGAAGGGGCGCUCUGAACGCUGGGAAGGGAGGAAAUAAAGAUCAACUCUACACUCUGUUUUUAUACUUGGGAGCACUUUGGACACCGGAUUUCUGACCUCACAUGUGGCUGGAUGUGUAACACACACCUAACUUAUGAGCAGGCUGUCAGGAUGGGUCAUGCGCUUGAAGCUGAAGUAUCCAGGUGAACCCUUUCCGAGAUGCGAUGAUGCACCUAUACCGCACUACAAACCUCAUCAAAUAGCCCGCUGGAGCCCGCGCUGAGGAAAUUAUCUGGCCUGAGCAGUACUGAUAGCGAGACGCAGAGCGAGGACGGCGGCCGGCUUCGCAAGGUGAACGGAAAAAAGCCUGAAAGGAAAAGGGGAAGGACGCCAAUGACAUCAUGCCCUCGUCCACUAUGCAGAUCUUUGCCUUUAUUUUAGCGCUGCUCGGGGUUCUGGGUGCCACCAUGGCCACGUUGCUGCCCAACUGGAAAGUGAGCGUUGCCAUGGGCUCCAACAUCAUGACGGCAAUCUCACAGAUGCAGGGCCUCUGGAUGGACUGCACCUGGUACAGCACGGGUAUCUUCAGCUGCACUCUGAAGUACUCCGUCCUGGCGCUGCCUGCUUACCUUCAGACCGCCCGCACCACCAUGGUCCUCUCCUGCCUGCUGGCGACACUCGGGCUCUGGUUGGCAGCGCUGGGGCUUAAAUGCACUCACUGGGGUGGGAGUCAAAGCUCCAAGGUACAAACUGCAAUCGCUGCGGGAACGUGCUUUGUUCUCGCAGGCUUCCUGUGCCUUGUGCCGGCAUCCUGGUUCACCAAUGAGGUUAUCACCACCUUUCUGGACUCCAAAGUACCCCAAAGUGGAAAAUACGAACCGGGGGGAGCGGUUUACGUGGCGUUUGUGUCGGCUGGCUUUUUCUUAGCCGGAGGCGUCAUUUUUUGUCUGUCAUGCCCCAGAAAACGGGACGACACCACAAAUUGCAGCUUAUCCAACCCUGACAAGUUAAUAAGGCAGGAGCAGCCGAAAAAGGAGCAUAGAGAACAGCAGAGCCAGACGGAGCCACCGGAGACAGAGCUGGACCGUAAAGAAAAAUCAGUGCAGGAGAAACUCCAGCUGGAACAAGAGCAGCAGCAGCAGUACUACUCCCCAUCCCGUAAGCGACCUCAGGACACCAAGGCCCUCUACAGCCUGCAGGACUACGUCUAAAAUCCAAAACAAUCUCAGGGAACACGGCUCAGGAUUUUACACAUGGCUGUCACAAGCGAUGAGAAAAGGAAAGAGGGAGGAGUGAUGACGCCAUCAAUGCUUUUCCUCCUUUCGUCAGCUCUUUCAUGUAUGUAAGCAUAAAUGGAGGUGUUUCCAGAAGUGAAGAAAGAACUGCGUAUCCUCAGGUGAAACACUCUCUGCCACCAUGAAUAUUAUCAAAGGGGGAGGGAUAUAAAAAAAGUUCUGACUGUGUUUGUGUUGUUAGAGAUAAUGCUGCUACACACCAAAGCUUUGAAGUCUGCAUGUGACUGAUGGCAGAGGAAAGCAUUUCAUUUCGCUAAAUCUUGAAAACGUGGUCGAGUGAGCUCUCAUUUGAAUAUGCUACUCUUGCUGUUUAUAGCUUUAGAUCAUCACAGAGUGCUUAGCAAAUAUGACGAAAAACACACAUCGCCUAAACGUUUAGUACGCCCUUUAGUCAUGGUGUGUAUGGCGGAAUAAAACGCCAGCAUAGAGACAGCACAAUGUAUAUCCUGUCCGUUUUUUCUAAGAGUCUGGUGGAGGUGAAACAUAUUAAAGCGCACAUCAUCUGAGGUAAUGAUGCUCUUUGCUUUCCCAUUAGCUUCGCUCCGGAUGGGUGCACACUGCUCAUUUAUAGCACGUACAGCACAGAUGUGAGAGUGUGUGUGUGUGUGUGUGUGUGUGUCUGUGUACACACACAUGCACACAAUACCGCUUUCCUCCUCCACACAUACACACACACACACACUCUUGCUGCAGGGGUAAUGGGGUCUUGCACCCAAUCAUUUUUACCGUGUGUGACCGCCUGUCAUUGGUGCAGGAAAUGCAGCAAAGGCUGUUCAAAGAGACGCUGACACCACUUCGCCCGUGUUCUGGUGAAAAACGAGUCCCUUUAGCCAUAUAUGAACCCUUUAUUAGGUUUGGCAAAAAAUUCCUCACCAUAGAUCAUGAUUUACACCAAGAAUGAGUGUAUUUUUAAAACAUAACCUAAAAAGUAUGUAAAGGACUAAAAGAUUUCUGCAGAAAAAGGGCUUGAUGUAUUAUGUUUAGAGAGUUUUGAGUUUUGAUUGACAUGUUUGUGUGUCCCUUCAAAACUAACAAAAGAAAAGGAAGUCUUGUGAAUAGGUGAAUGCUAAAAUGGCGGCCAUCUUGAACAAAAAAUGAUUUUAGAUCAGUGGUUCUCAAAGUGUUGGGCGCUUCACUAGUGGGGAAUAAAGACAUGAAAGGUGGGGCACAAUGAAGGCAGGAUUUAUAUAACAUUUUUGUCUUCUUUUUUAAAGCUUCCCUUAUGAUUUACUCUAUUAAAAAUAAAGUUCAUACACUCAAAGCAACCACCAAGAAACAAUUACUCAUUAAUGCAAAAAAAAUUAAAACAACAUCAGUUAGGGUACCUAACACAACCUUAAUUACAUUUUCUCUAUUUUUUUUAUUUAUUUAUAUACCAACGUUAUUGAUUGGUUGUUAUUUAGAACUUGAUAUUUCAAUAAAUUUGACAUUUUUAAAUGAAGUAUUUCUUUACAAUUUUCUGAUGGAGGACAGGUGGGGCUUGAAAUCUCACCCUCGUCUAAAGUGGGGAAUGGCAGAAAAGAUUUGAGAACCGCUGCUUCAAAUGGUAUUGUAGCAUUUUAAAGCAUUUUUCCUUAAAGCUACUUAAAUCAAUAUAUUCCAAAUUUAAGAUUGUUUAGAUUGAUGAUGCUGUUUCAAAUUAAUAUAUUGAAGAUUUGGAAACGUUUAACGGAAAAAAGCCGUAAUUUCUCCGUUUUAUUUCCGUUACUUGUUUUGCAGCAAAUUUAGAAAAAGGAAGCAAACUCAAAACAUCUGGUCUGAUCAAUUUCACCUGAUCUGGAGUGAGGGGGAUAUAUUGGCCAGAUCGUUUCAUCACAGCAAUUAGCUAACAGCCAUGCAAUCUGCCUCAUCUCACUGUUAACCUUCAAGCUUUUCAAGAAGGAUUUUUUAAAAUAAAAUAACAUUUGCUUCACAAACUGGACCAUUAACCAGCACAGAUAAGGCUUUUCUAAUACACACAGCAAAAUGAUAUUUUUAUUAUGUUAAACAGUGCUGUUGAGUUCUUCACCCUGUUUACCCGCCUUAAUGGUGGGAGUCUUCAGUGCCAGCUCUUUGUAUUAUCUUUGUAUUUUGCUUUUUUUUUGGUUCUUCUGCAAAAAGAUUAUUUUUCUUUAACUGUUAUUAUGUUAAGAUAAAGUAUGAAAAAAAGCCAGUAAAAGAAAGAAUGUUUAUAGCUGCUAUAACAUAAGCGAUCAUUUCUUUUAAAGGCGUUACUCAAAAUAAUAUAAUUGGAUACAAUUUAAUUUGUUUGCUACUAAAUAUGAAAAAUAAUGCACUGAUAUUACAGUAAUGAAACAUGCUUUUUUUUUUUAAAUAUCAUCAGAAAAUGGGAUUUCUUGCACUCAUUGUAAUUUAUUAUUCUGCUCUUGUUGAUGUAAUGCUCUCUGGCACAUGGCGUGUAAUGCUGUUCACUUUAGCAAGUGCACCUGCUUCAUAUUUUGACAAAAAAGAAACCAAUAAUAAAAAAACUGAAUUAGGGAGAAUGUUGUCUAUUAGGUUUGAGACAGAUCCAUACAAAGACAUCAGUUCUCUGAUUGUAUUAAACCUGAAUUGCAUCCUUUGUCCACUCACUUCGCACUGCAUGUGGUCAUCAAAUGAAAUGAUGCCUAACGGCCACCCACAGAGAGUUCAUUAUAAAUGAUAUCCCCCAGGCAGAUAUUUUAAUAGCACGCAAUGUUUUAUUAAACUUUUCUUUCCUCUUGACUUCAUGCCGCAGAUCAGGGAAUACAUAUAUGCACAGAAGUAUGCAUACGAUAUCAUUUCACGUGGAUUAACAUAUUUUCAGUUAUGCCUAGUGUGUGUGUUUCUGUUUCCAGUACCGAUUAAAGCACAAGCCUGUA